AAGAACCAAUAGAAUCCCAGACUCUUCGGUGGCGUAGUUGGUUACAGUACCCGUACUUUUUAGCGAGCGCAUUAGGCGCUUAUUAGGUUGUAGUUUUAGCAGAACUUAGAUGCAUUUGUUUGUUAUUAUACAUUUUUUUUACGUGUGAGAAAAACUUUAUUAGCGAGCGGGUUCAGAGCCGAGAAUGUCGGGCUGCUGCAGCUGUGCGCAACAUGUGAAGAAACUCAGUGAGCAAAUAUCAGUGAUGAGGAAGGAGAUCAAGAACCUGAGGCAGAAGUUGGAAGGCGCCCUCCUCUCCCACAAGAAGCACCUGUCGCACCUGCAGGCCGCUUUCACCGCAUCUGAUCGGAAGGGGGCGACACCGGGUGCGCGGACCACCCCGAAGGAGCAUGUGGCUGGGGGCAUUUCUUUAGAGCAAGGUCUUAUUGAGACAGUUCCGAUUGGAUUCAUCAGCUCUUGCUUCUCAGCGAAAAACGGCACUCCUCGUCAACCUGUCGUGUGCAGGUCUUCUCGCGCAACACUCCGAAUACGGAAGGCUGCUUUCAAUAACCCAGAGCAUGCUCUCCUGGGCCUGGAACACUACUCACACAUAUGGAUAAUCUUCCUGUUCCAUAAGAAUGGACACCUGAGCUACAAAGCCAAGGUGAAGCCCCCCCGGCUGAAUGGCCAGAGGGUUGGGCUGUACUCCACCCGUAGCCCCCAUCGGCCCAAUGCUCUGGGACUCACUUUGGCCAAACUGGAUAAGAUCACAGGUGAUACACUCCACCUGUCUGGAAUAGACAUGAUCUCUGGCACACCUGUGUUGGAUAUAAAGCCUUACAUUCCAGACUAUGAUUGUCCCCAGAGCAGAAGUGGCUUGGGUGGAGAGGAGUGUCUCUCUGCUUGCAUGUCAUCAGGUGAGAUGAUUCACUCUGUCGAGGAGCAGGCUAAGGAACAGGGUCUGUGCACGCAUCCAGAUGCUCGUGGAGAUGUGGAGGACGAGGAGGAGCUGCAACUGAAUCUCCACGCUGAAGUGAUUCCUUCACUGCUUUCCACUUGGGUUUUCGAUUCAAGGCCGAGUGAUGCUCCAGAUGUUGCAGGAGGGGGGCAGGUGGCCUCACUCCUGAGAGAGGUUGAGAACUACAUCAGUCAGAGAGAUGACUUCACCCUGGAAACUGUAGAAGGAAACCCUGGAGUCACUGACUCUGCGGAUGCAAAGUUACCAGCUCUCCAGAGGCCCACAUGUAGUACGAAGGUGUGCUAUGGAGAGGAGUCCUACAGUACCAUAGCCUCCUGGAUCCGGAAGCCCCCAGUGAACUGCCUGGCAGUAAGAUUCACACAGCAUGCAGAGAUGGAACUGAGAGAGUUUCAGCCACCUGGCAGAGCAGUGCUUGGGAAGCCCAGUUUCCGGUUUUUGCACAGUUCAGAGGAGGCAGCUGCCGCCAUCAAGGCGGUGUUGGCUGCUGACCCGCGGUCUGUGUACCGACGUGGCCGCUGCCAGGACAAGCUCUUCUUUUUCACCCUGGACACAGCUGACAUCACAUGUUGGUUUGGCAAGAAUUUCGCCGAAGUGCUUCGAGUGCAAGCUGUUAAACCAGAGCUGUGAUGCGACAGGGGCUGCAGGUGGUUAAAGAACAUUUUGUGUGUGUGUCUGACUGCACUGUGAGGUUUCUCUCUGAUUACCACCACUACAAUGUCUUUUUGCUGAGGAGGUUAGCCUAGCUCUAUGUACCUUGUUUGGGAUGUAACACAGCACCUGUUCAUUUUUGCAUGUGUUAUAUUUUUUUCCUUAAACUCUUGUUUUACAAUGGAAAUAAAACUGUUUUAA